AUGGACUCCCAGUAUCACAGUACCCUUUUCCACAUCCCCUUCGAGGUUCGGGAUGCUAUAUACUCAUCUCUUUUCAGUUCUACAAUACUUUCCUUUGCGACUUCAGUUCCAACCGACGAUGCAAGACUCAAUAAACUCCAAGCGCCAUUACAUGCUAUCGCUCUGCUCCGCACCUGCCGAAGGGCUAAUGCGGAAAUCUCCAAGUCAUGGCUCAGUCACGUCCUGUUUUAUUUCGAUGAUCCGAUGUCGCUGCUUGACAAGCUCGCGCCUAUCCCCUUGGAAGAGCUGUCCCUCAUUCGAUAUAUCUCCGUGCGUGGGGAUCCUCUGCUGCUUACCUACCCGCCAAAAAUACAAGUACAUCACAAUCUGGUUGGUGUAUUGAAGCUUCUUCCCCGGCUACAGCUACGCCAACUUACGGUUUUGGGGAGCGGUAGCGACAAGUUCCAAUAUCGGAUGUUGGACGAGUUCAUCAAGCAUGGGAACGGUUGGCAGGAAUUACGUUUCAUUAGUCACGACUCUGGGAUGCUUGGGUAUGCUUAUUAUUGCCUUGAUCCGACACUUUGUGACCGGUACCAACGGCGACCACAACCAGAGCAUUGGCAAAGAGUGAUGGAGGAGAGAGACGGUGUACAUUCUUACCCGUCAGUCUCAAUUUAUCGAGGAAAGCGGGCCGGUCAUUGCGGAGCUGUCUUCAAGCCUGAAACCCGGGAGGUGAUGGCGCAAAGUCACAACGGGGCACCAUUUUCAGUGGAUGAUUACGGAACAGCGGAGGACCCAGUGUUUAUCAGUGAGAGUGAACGAGGCAAGGAGCUCAUGGUGGCUGUCAGAAGAGGCCAGCGAGGUAUGGACUACGAAGAAAAGGCCAAUAGUCCAUUUCUUCCAGGUCGCGACAUUCGGAGAGACUUUCCGGGCAAGACUUGGGUUGAGAUCCGCGCUGCAUGUACCAAGGCAGCAUAUUGA